AUGCAUAUCCCGCGCUUGUGGAGUUUCACGCUCUCCCUUUCCUGCUUGUCUCUCGUCUCCGGUCGCCUCAAGGAUGGUCGACUGCAUGGAAACAUGAUGCCUAUGGCGACUGUGCCCAUGGCCAGUUUACCAGCAAUGAACAUCCCCGUCACCAGCCGCAAUGGAACCGUCUUACCAGCAUACACCACCACAUACUUUUUCGAUCAACUUAUCGACCAUAAUAAACCUUCGCUUGGCACAUUCAAGCAGCGAUUUUGGCAUACAUGGGAGUUUUAUGAACCAGGUGGCCCCAUAAUUCUCAUGACGCCAGGAGAAAUUAACGCAGAGGGCUACUCUUCCUAUCUUACUAACAGGACCAUCCCUGGUCUCAUCGCCCAACAGCAGAAUGGAAGCACCAUUGUCCUUGAGCAUCGGUUCUACGGCCUCAGCAACCCUUAUCCCGAUUUGAGCGUCAAGAGCUUCCGCGUCCACACCAUCCAGCAGGCUAUCGACGACCUUGAGUACUUUGCGAAGAAUGUCAAUCUCCCAAUGCCAGGAGGCGAUUCGGUCACCCCGAACAAAGCUCCUUGGAUCUUGGUCGGCGGAAGCUACUCCGGCGCACUUACCAGCUGGACAAUGGUCAACAAGCCGGGCCUUUUCUUUGCUGGAUACGCGUCUUCUGCUGUGGUUCAAGCGAUCCUCAAUUUCUGGCAGUACUUCGAGCCCAUUCGGCUCCAUAUGCCGGCUAACUGCUCGGCCGACGUUCAAGCCGUGAUUGCACACAUCGACAAGACGUUCACCGGCAAGAACACCACCACCAUCAAAGCGAUUCAAGAUAAUUUUGGACUGAGCGAACUUGGUGACCAUCUAGACGACGUCGCUGGCGCCCUACGCAACAACCUGUGGGAUUGGCAGUCCCUUCAAGUUACCUCCGGCCCUGGGACCCAGUUCUAUAGAUUCUGUGAUGCUCUUGAGGUCAAGGAUGGCGUGAGUGCGCCUGCCUCUGGUUGGGGUGUCAACCAUGCGCUUGCAGCUUGGGGUGCCUAUUGGAGGAACGGAUAUAUUAAAACCCUAUGCAAGGAGGACGACGUUCCGACUUGCCUCGGAACUUAUAACGCCACCCUGGAGUUCUGGACGGAUACGAGCAUUGAUAACAACAGUCGUUCGUGGUUCUGGAUAGUAUGCAACGAAGUUGGUUAUCUCCAAGAAGCCGCGCCGCGGGGCAAGCCCACCCUUGUAUCACGCCUGGUUCAACCCCCAUACGACUUCCGACAAUGUCAGAUGAUGUUCCCUGCGGCAUUCAAAACCCCUCCAAUCCCUAAUGUUUGGCGGACCAACACUAAAUACCACGGCUGGGAUGUUAGGACGAAGAAUCUCUUCUUUGCCAAUGGAAUUCGUGAUCCGUGGAAAGACGCAACAAUUUCUGCGGAGGGCCUCAACGUCAAAAGCACCAUGCAGCAGCCAAUCGGCCUAGCCGAUGGCUUCCAUUGCUCCGACUUGGGUGUCUCUGGCGCCGUUGACCCGACUAUCGCGGUCGUUCAGCAGCAGGCGCUAGCUUCGAUGAAAGCCUGGCUGAAGGCCUGGAAACCUCGCAGCCAGGGUGGUCCGAUCAAGACCCCCCGCGCUGUCGCUCAAACCUUCAAGAACAUUUUCCCGCCGAUCAGCGUGAAGCCAGUCAACGCAUGGUUUAAGAGAGUUGGGUCCGUCUAG